AUGCCGUCUUUCAGCUCUGUGGUCCGCAAGCCGGGCCAGAAGAUCCAGCCCAAGGGCCCUAAAAGAAAUGUGCAGAGAAACCCGGCCCGCCAUGCGGCGCCUCCAUCGUUGACGCCGGAGAGCCAGACUGUGAGUCCCGCUGUUGAGGCUGUUGAUAAAGAAGCACCGAGAACAGUAAACGAGCUGCAGCUAGCAGAGGCAGAAGCAAUAGGCGAAAGACACGAAAUCCCCUCGACCAUUCCUUCCCUUGCACCUUCGAUUCCUGCGAUUGUUCCGUCCGUAGAAACAGCAAGAGAGACCUAUGAGCAGGCAGUUGGGGACGCAGCACCAACCACGGAUCGCGCCCCCUCCUUAUCCGUCGAGAUAACCGUGCCCGGCAAUGCGAGCACUGGUGUUCAAAUCAUCCAUCCUGUCAACAUCACCCAGAGCGACGGAAGUGCUAUACCAAACGUCAUCCCCACCAUCUCUAGUAAUACCCCGUCCUCUACGGCGCAGAAACGAAAAGAGACAAACGAACCAACCCCUGCUGCUUCGGAAGACUCUUCUACAGAGAGGGAAACUACAGAAGAGCCUAGGAAGCGUCCAAAGACAACACCUGCCGCCCAGCAUGUGGAAGAGCCAGAAUCUCAAGCGCCCUCUGCGUCUGAUACCGUUCCUUUGACGUCGAGACACAGCUCUGGAUACCGACGGAGCGAGUCUCGUACUUCGGAUGCACUCAUACAAGAUGCAACUACAGGAGCUGCCCACGUCUCUGAGCUAGCGCAGCAUAUCGAGAACAGCGCAAGAUCACAACGGUCUCGUUCAGAGGUCCGCUCUGUCUCGCAAACAUUGGAGACUGAGGGAAGCACCCAGGCAAUUGCCCACCCGCAGCCCAGACAGUCCAAAAAGAAGAAAAAGUCAAAGUCAGAGAAGAUUCAAGAGCUCGCCCAACAAGUUGUCGAUCAGGCCGUCAAUGGUGGUCAAGACAAAGAUAACACACGGAGGAGUCGUCGAUCACGACUUACCACGCCCGAGAAUGCUGAAGAGCUUGAAAUUGACCCUCAGGAGGUCUCCAUGUCUGAGCUGACAAAGGACAUCAAGGUUGGUCGCAAAUCCGAAACAGAAAAGCGAAUGCAAGAAAACUGGGUGGAAAUCAAGGAGCGGCGGAAGAAAGAUGUUGAAAAGCGCCGUGAAGCCGCCCGUGGAAAGAACACCGCCAAUGGAGAAGACCGGGAGCUUGAGGAGGCGCCUGUACCCAAGCAAAUCAUCGUGAAUGGAGUAAUCGUGGUCGCAAAUGAAUCGCGAGAGGUUGCUUUCGGUGCCGGCCUCGAGCAAGCUGCCAGAGAACAAGCGGACGUCGCAAUCGAAGACGACAGGAUCUACAAGUACGUGAACCAAGCCACCUUGGGCAAGAACGCAGGCCGUGAUAAACGGAGCAAAUGGGAUGAAUACACGACCAAUCUCUUCUAUCAAGGCCUCCGUAUGUUCGGCACCGAUUUUAGCAUGAUUGCCAACCUCUUCCCGGAAAGCGUCGACCGUGGCAUGGUGAAGAGGAAGUACCUAGCCGAAUUACAAAGCGACCCUGCGAGAGUCGAUACAUGCGUUACCGCGAAAGAAACAGUCAGUCUGGACAAGUAUGCCGCCAUGACAAACAUGGAGUUUGAAGAUCCGGAGAAGCUCAUGAAAGAACUUGAGGAAGAAGGGAAGCGAAUGAGGGAGGAGGAUGAAAAGAGGAGAGCGGACCAGGGAUAUGUCAUGACAAACGACGGCGCGGAUGUUCCACUACCGUCUACCGAGACCGACGAUGCUGGAGCUCAGACUGUCGUGGAAGAUGAGGACCAAGAUGAGGAUCCUGACAUACCUGCGUCUGCUCGAAGCGCUCAACCACCCAGUACAGCCAGAAGCCAGCGCAUUAAUGCUCUAGCCGAGAAGGUCGUUCAAGCUGCUGUGGCGCCAAAGAAGAAGCAGCAGCGAAGGACGCGAGAAUCGACCGGUGGUACGCGCGCCGGGCGAGGUGGCAAGAAAGGAAAGAGAGCGGCCGAGGGCAUUGAGGAGAGGAUAGGCCCCCUUGAUGAGAUGGAGCAUUAG